ACAUGGGCAGCACAUCAAGGUCAUAAAAUGUAGUUUUGAAGUUGCUUGAACUUGGAGCUAAUAAAAUGCUACAAACCAAAGAUGGGAAGACACCAAGUGAGAUUGCAAAAAGAAACAAACAUCUUGAGGUAUCAUCUAUAUGUCUUCAACUUUCUUUGACUUUAAAACCAUUGGAAGGAAAGCAUCAAGAGAUAACUAAAGAAGAGGCUAUUUGUAAACACUUGAUAAUGGAUUCUGAUAAAGAAAAAGAUCACAUAUUUGGUUCAUACACAGCAUUUGGAGAUCUGGAAAUAUUUUUACAUGGUCUUGGACUGGAACAUAUAACAGAUGUACUAAAGGAAAGGGAUAUAACUUUAAGACACCUUUUGACCAUGAAAAAAGAUGAAUUUGCAAAGUUUGGGAUUAACAAUAAUGAUCAGCAGAAAAUUCUGGCUGCUGUUAAAGAACUGGAGGUAGAAGAGAUACAUUUUGGAGAGUUAUCUGAAGUGGCAAAGUUGGAAGUCAGUGCUGAUGAGUACCUCAAUUUUCUUCUGAAAUUAAAUAAACAGUGUGGCCAUUUAAUAACAGCUGCUCAGAAUAUCAUUACUAAAUUACCUGUAAAUCCUCAUAAGAUAGUCCUGGAAUGGACUUCUUCCAAGAAUUUUACUUCAGUUUGUGAAGAACUUGUUAGUAAUGUUGAAGAUCUGAGUGAAGAAGUUUGCAAACUAAAAGACUUAAUUCAGAAGCUGCAAAAUGAAAGGGCAAAAGAUCCAACUUGUAUACCAUUAAUGGAAGAAGUAUCUACAAGAAAGAGUAGAAUUUUGAAGAGGAAAACUAUUACAAUUUGUGGAUUUGGGCUGAUUCUUUUCACUUGCAAGCUAAUAUUUCAGAGAAUAUAA